AUGCAACGACAAAACAAAAAUCUUGUGCUUUUCUGUUGGUUUAUUUUUCUAUGCUGGACAUUUAUCCCAAAAACUCUAUUAGCUUUAUCAUUUAAUCAUGAUUUACGUAAUUUAACAAUUAUCUAUAAACCAAAUUCUUUUAUUUACCAUUUUUGUCAAACAUCGUCUUCAAUUAAUUCUAAGCGAAUACGUUGGCAUUAUGAAUCAUUGCAUGAGCCGAACAAUGAUGUAAAUACAUCUUGUAAACAAUUAUUUCAUAAUUUCGAUUGCUUUGAUUUUUAUUAUGGACCAUCAACAAGUUUAUUAAUUAUUAAAGAACCUGAUAUGUUUAUUGGAAGAUAUACAUGUCAAGUAAAUCUAAAUUCAACAUAUGAAAUAAAAUCUAUUGGAUGGAUCGAUGUUAAACUUCCUGCAAAUGACAUUCGGGAAAAUGAUCCAUCGAUGAAAGUUUAUAAUGAAAAUGAAUUAGGAAAAUUAGCCAAGUAUUAUAAUGUACCAUUUAUUUUUGAUGCAGCUGACUUAACAUCAUUUAGUAAACGAGUAGAAAUAGGUGGAAUAUUUUCUGUUGAAUGUAAAUCAAUAGAGACUAAAUAUCCGAUUGAAUUUUUAUGGAUACAUUUAAAAAAUACAUCUGACGGCAUAAAAACAGUACGGUUUAUUCGAAAUGAUGGAAAUCGAAUAAUUAUUCAAGAUAAUAAAAAUUCAAGUUCAUUGUCUUUACGUUCAGUCGAUUCUUCGGAUGAUGGUGAUUAUGUUUGUGUAGCUUCAAAUGUUAUUGGUCGAUCAUUUUCAAGUAUUCGUUCCUUAAUUGUUACUGAACGCAUGAUUUUGCCACGGAUACGUACUAAUCUUGUAAAUGGAAGUUAUUUCGAUCUUCAACAUGAUAAUAUAAAAGAAUUUGCUGGUCAUGCUGAUGGUUAUCGCAGUCCGAUUGUUAUUUGGAUUAUGGGUGUUACUUUAUAUUUACUUUACUUUUUAAAGAUAAAUGAAAUCUUUAUCUUUAUAAAAUAA